AUGAAGGAAGAGGUGAAUAACGAAGAAUUGAAUAAGGAGCAAUGGAAGCUUGAAGCACAAGCCAUUAUCAAUGAUGUGAAACAGCAUGUAACGGAUAUAAAAGUAUCGGAGAAAUUACGAAAUAAUAAUCAAUUCUUCUACUUGAAUUUAACCACAUUAGAGGACCUGAAGUUUUGCAUAGAGCUGUCAAGUGCUGGUUUUACCAUCGUUGGUAAUGAGCACGACAAGAUAUCGAACAGAGGAAGCGAGCAUUUUGAAACACCCUACAGUUUAUUAAAUUUCGUUAGUCCGCGGUAUAGAGAUUCUUUUGGAAAUUCGCUUGUUCAUAAGCUUAAACUAUUAAGUGACGACCAGUGAGCUUAUUCGAUUGAAACAUUUUGAUAUUUUCGGUAACGCUCUUUAUUUACAUUAUUGCCACGAGAUUCGUUGCAACGUUAAAUAUAAAUACCAAUAAAAUGCUAAACUCGAUUGUCAGAAUAUAUAUCUUUGAACAACAGGUAUUUGAAAUCUAAAAUAAAUC